UGUACUAGUGUGUGUUUUUGGGUCGUGUUCAGGCAUGUCCCAGCAGCCUCCCUCCCUUCUCUCCUCCCUUCUAAAAUAUAUGAUGUACCAUCACUCUUCUCUGCUUCCUUUUAAUCUCCUGUUUCCUGUGGAGUGCCGAUGUGUUAGGGGGAGAACCGGUGUUUAAAGGCGCUCAAUAUAAAAAUAGGAAGUGACAGAGAGAGAGAGAGAGAGAGAGAGAGAGACAGAGAGAGAGAGAGAGACAGAGAGAGAGAGGACCACACUGAUGGAGUUUCUCGGGGCUCUUGAAGGGGCGAUUUUAGUUUGACAAGUGCCAGAGCUGCUGUCUUCUUAGCUCAGUAAGUCACAUCCUUUUACGCUCGAGGAGGAAUACUGGGAGGCCGUCCAACAGCUGACACAUUCACACACUCACAAUCAUAUGGAAACUUGUGCUGGUGACACAAGGUCAGAAAAUGUAAGUUCCUCCCACUCAUCACUGCGCUGGAUGACCGAGUCCAGCUGGUGGAAGACUGGAAGUCCUCCUUGAAUUAGAUACUCGUCAAGCCGUGGAGAUAAACAGCUGCUUAUCCUUCCCUCCAACUUUUGAUAAACCAGGAGCUCGCCGAGCAGCACAGGGAUGUUACACAAAGACCGGACAUGUGCUGAUCAUCUUCUCUUUGCAUAACAGUGAGUUUAACAAGGUAACACUGGCCUGGAUAUCAGGAAAUCCCCUCAUGGAACAUCCUAUGUGUGUCCUGAAGAGGAUCAGUAAAAACUCAGCUGAUGGGAGUUUAAUCCUCGUCCAGGGGUGAACAGGGGCAGUGUGUCAGUGAUGCGUGUGAUGGAGGUGAUUCAGCUCCUAAAUCCCUGCCCCAUGCAGGUAUGACCCAGACCCCGAACCCCUCCUGGAGCUCUCUUGACAGGGGUACAGCCGACUGGUUUGGGGUGAGCAAAGACAGCGACAGCACGCAGCGAUGGAGGAGGAAGAGCCUGCAGCACUGCAGCCAUCUUUACGGGGGUCUAAAGCCGCAGGUGAUGAGGGAGAUGGAGCUCCACAGCCAAGACAACCUCUCCCUGGCCAGCACUGAGACCCCUCCUCCCCUUUACCUCCCACCCCACCACCCCAGUCACCACCACUAUGGCAUGCAGAGGAUCGUAGACCCCCUGGCACGGGGUCGGGCCUUCCGCAUGGUGGAAGAGGUAGAUGGCUGCAGUGUCCCGCAAACCCCCAUCACGCCCGGCACUGCCUCCCUUUGCUCCUUUUCAAGCUCCCGCUCUGGCCUCAACAGGUUGCCUCGACGUCGCAAACGAGAGUCUGUCGCAGUCAUGAGCCUAAAGGCUGCAGCAGCACUAAUGAAGGGCCGGACGUUAGGAGACAGCACAGCCGGGCAGUGUCGCAGACGGAGUUUCAUGCCUCCGAGUUUCUUUGAAGAUGACACUGUGGACUUCCCUGAUGAUCUGGACACUUCUUUUUUCACCAGAGACGGCCUGCAGGAUGAGCUGUCAAGCUAUGCUGAUGAAGUGUUUGAGACCCCCUCGGAGGCUGACCUCAAGCAGCUGGAUGAGAGGGAGCUCACAGGAAGUGCACUGGACAAGAGCGAACUGGAGAGGAGUCACCUCAUGCUGCCCUUGGAGCGAGGGUGGAGAAAAGCAAAAGACGGCUCUCUGGUUCAUCCCAGGGUCCGCCUGAAACAGGAAGUUGUGAGCGCCAACAACCAGCCGCAGAGGGGACAGAGGAUCGUGGUUCCUGUCAAGAGGUUGUUUGCCAAAGAGAAGAGGCCUUAUGGACUCGGCAUAGUCGGACGUCUCACCAACAGAUCGUACCGCAAGCGUAUUGACAGCUUUGUCAAAAGGCAGAUCGAGGACAUGGAUGAUCACAGGCCAUUUUUCACCUAUUGGAUCACAUUUGUCCACUUACUCAUCACCAUUCUUGCAGUCACUAUCUACGGCAUCGCACCUAUUGGUUUCACACAACACGAAACAGUCGACUCUGUGUUGAGGAACAAGGGGGUUUAUGAAAACGUCAAGUUUGUGCAGCAACAAAACUUUUGGGUGGGCCCAAGCUCAGAGGCGCUAAUCCAUCUGGGAGCAAAGUUUUCUCCAUGCAUGCGUCAAGACGGAGAGAUCCACAAACUGAUCCAGGAGAAGAGAGCGAGAGAGAGAGAGUCUGGUUGCUGCGUCAGGAACGAUCGAUCGGGCUGUCUGCAGACGUUGCAGGAGGAGUGUUCGAGCACUCUGGCUGUGUGGGUGAAGUGGCCUCAGCACCCUAGCGCUCCCACUCUUAAUGGUACGGUCCGCCAGUAUGGUGCGGUCUGCCAUCAGGACCCCAGAAUCUGUCUGGAGCCAGCCUCGGUUUCACCUCACGACUGGCCUAAUGACAUCGCCAAGUGGCCAGUUUGUACAAGGUACAACUCUGGGAAUCACACCAAUCUCCCCCACAUAGACUGCACCAUUACAGGCCGGCCCUGCUGCAUCGGAACCAAAGGACGGUGUGAAAUCACUUCCAGGGAGUACUGUGACUUUAUGCACGGCUACUUCCACGAGGAGGCUACUCUCUGCUCACAGGUGGCCUGCAUGGAUGACGUGUGUGGUUUGCUGCCUUUCCUCAACCCAGAAAUUCCAGACCAGUUCUCUCGGCUCUGGCUGUCUCUCUUUCUCCAUGCAGGGAUCCUGCACUGCCUGGUGUCCGUGUUUUUCCAGAUGACAGUGCUAAGAGACAUAGAGAAGCUGGCAGGCUGGCUCAGGAUCUCCAUCAUCUAUAUGCUGAGCGGCAUCACCGGCAACCUGGCCUCUGCCAUCUUCCUGCCCUACAGAGCAGAGGUUGGUCCUGCAGGCAGUCAGUUUGGCAUCCUGGCCUGCCUGUUCGUGGAGCUGUUUCAGAGCUGGCAGAUCCUGGAGCGACCAUGGAGAGCCUUCGCAAAGCUGCUGGCCAUCUCUGUCUUCUUCUUCUCCUUUGGUCUGCUUCCUUGGAUCGACAACUUUGCCCAUAUCUGUGGUUUCGUGUCAGGAUUCUUCCUGUCCUUUGCCUUUCUGCCAUACAUCAGCUUUGGACAAUCUGACAUGUACCGUAAACGGGUCCAGAUCUGCGUCUUCCUGCUGGUGUUCCUGGGUCUGCUCUCCGCCCUGGCCGUCCUUUUCUACGUUUACCCAGUAAAGUGUGACUGGUGCGAGUACCUCACCUGCAUCCCCAUCACAGACAAGUUCUGCGAGAAGUACGACCUGAACGCACACAUCCUCUGAACACAACCUUUGAAGAUUAGAACUGCUGGCUGUAUUCUGGAGAGUAAGAUUUGGUGCUGAGAACAACUUGUGACCGAGCAGGAACAUUUCUCCUGAGCGAUGAACAGUGUUUGUGGAUUUCAUGUCCUUGUGUUUGUGUUUGUGUUUGGAAAAGAAAAGGAAGCCUUCAUGUGUUUGAUUAGAAAAGAUUCAUUGUAAAGUUGACGUAAAAGGACUAACGGUUGAUAAAUGUGUGAGUGAUCUCUAGCUGGGCUAAUCAGAGACCAGUCACACAGGAACAGAGUCACAGACAGCUGUAUCCUGUCUGAUUAUUUACCUCUUCUUUGGUAAAAUGGACACAACAGCACUCCUUAGUGGCCAAACGAAUCAGUGCAGUCUGAACCAGAAGUGAUGAAUCUUUCUUUUCUACUUUUUUACUGAUGUCUGAAGAGUUCUGUCCGUUCUGUGGAUGCCAUUGGAGUUCAAACUCACCAAGAAGCGAGACUGUAACAUACUUAAAUGUGCCUUAUUGACACACAGCCACUCACACACGCAUCUUUUGUGCCAUGGAUCAGUUUGUGUUUGUGUUGUUUUUUUUUACCCCCCUGUAAACUUUGGUUUUACAACAGCCUUUGAUGCACUUCAACCACAACUGAAUUGUGUUUUAUAUGCACUGUGAGUUACAACUGUACAGAGCACACUUCUUUUGUAAUAUGCUCCAUUGUGGAAAGUUGUCAUGGAGGUGAAUCUGUGUUUUUUUUUAUCCAACGAGGUGGCGUUUUAGCCACCUGACAAUAAACAUAAGAAGACAGUA